GCCGAUCCGCAAGUGGGGAGGCAAAAUGCUGCCAAAUUUGCAUGAAGCCAGGUGUCUUUAAUCCCAACAGCAACGCCGUACGAAGUCCCAUUCCUUUCGGAUUUCAGCUCCGCACGAUUUCAACACACUCCCCUACCUUGACCCCACCGUUCUCCACGCCGAUCUAUCCACUACCUAGAUCUUCCAUCUUUUUUCAAAAGUGAAAACAGCUGCGUGUUAAUCUGUAGUAUUCUAGUCCCAGGAAGUCACUUCCAGCAAUGGCGUUCUCGUAUUCCCAGGCAGCCCAAAGGGCAAUGAGUGAGAAGGAGAAGCGGGAUUUUGGGAAAGGACAAGGGGGCGAGUCAAGGAGCCAUUCAGGGCAGAUGCCAUCCCAAUCAGGUACGAACUCAAAGACGGAAUCUGCAAAGUCUCGAACCUUGGGGCAGAAGGCAAUGGAAUUCCUACUGGAGAAAACUCAGAUCAAGGCGGAGAUCAAAGUGUCAAAGGAAGUAAUCAAGGGGGAGGGAGGAAAGGAAGAGGAAGUGGAUGUCUGGGAAUACCUAGACGAAGACAUCCAGUCCCUGAACAAUCUGUACGAGAAACAUGCGGUGCUGUUCAACUUCUCAGGACGAAGCAGGGAGCUAUCUCUAAACGAAAAGAGGAGAUGGGUGAUGGAUAGGCUAAUAGCCUUGGAAGAUGUCCCAGGGAAGGGACCAGAGGUAUCAUACCACAGGAGGGGGAGAGGCAGAGGCCAUCUGGGCUCUUCAUGCCCACAGGGGAGCUUAGGUGAAACAGGGGGAAAAAGGGUGGCAUUGAAGCAAUCGAUGAUGCAGGAGUGCGAGAGCAAACCAGGAGUAUGGUACAUAAAUGCAGCACAGUACAGGGGUUGGAGCUUUGAUGAUAAUCUGGAAAACCCAAAGUGGGUGUGGGUGAUGAAAGGGGACCCAACAGUUAAGCCAGACAUCUAUCCUCCUUAUGACAGUAGGUGGAGACACACAGGAGCCAAACGCAUGGAAGACAAGGAAACUGGAUUCCUUAUCAGACCCAUGUUGGAGGAAGAAGUAAUGCAGGACGUGGAGCAGAGAUUGAAGCUCAUGAGAGAACUACAUGAGGUCGGGAAGAAUGCAGAAUUGGCAUUCUUGGAGAAUGCAGAAGUCAGAGCACAGCAACAGGAUCAGAUAGGAGACAAGGAGGAGAGGUCGAGUGAAAUGGAGGAGGGUGAGGGUGACAAUAUGGACUGCGAGCAAGGAGGGAAGGCGGCGACUGAGAGAGGAAGUACUUCCACAAAGAGGAAAGGAGAGGCAAGAGGAGAGAUGGGCUCGAACACUCAAGAAGGAGAUUCACAGCAGGGAAAAAGGAGACAAAAGACCCAAUCAGGAAAGGGGGGCACUACAGAGCAGGACGAGGGGGAAUCAGCAGGGACCUCAGGGAAGGAGAGUAACCCAGACUCAUGCUCACGGGACGUGGCCUCAAAAGGAAGCAGGGCAGGUGAAGAAGGGACAGGCACAGCAGGAGACAGUGAAGAGGACUUGUCAGACAAAGUCCACCCAGACGGAGCCUCUCAGUAUGAGGAAGACAAAAGCGGCUCCCAAGGAUCCCAGGUUCAUGUUACACUGGAGGACGAAGAAAGAGUAAGGGAAAGGGCAAGAAAAAGGGGCAUGCAAAAUGUCGAAAAUAUGACAUUGCAACAGAUUUUGCAGGUAGAAGAGGACCAGAAGGAGAGUUCAGCAGAUGAAGAAAGUGAAGCCUCAUUGGGGGAAGAAGAGGAAGAGGAGGAAGAAGAUCAGGAAGACUCAGAUGUGGAAGAUUGGACAAGAGACCAGUGGGUGAAGGAGGUAGAGCAGCUGGAAUGGGGCAGGACGAUCGAGUGCGAAAUCAGACUGGCCCACCACAAGCACUUGAGGAACCUCCAGCAAGUCACACAAGCAGGGGAAGACAUCACAUCAGAAAACAGGUUUGAACUGCUAAGGAGGGAAGGGAUCCCUGGGGGCAUUAUUCUUGGCUAUGCUGAUGGCCCGAGAGCAACCAAUGUGACCCAAGGAGUCAUCGUUAGAUCUGCGCAAUGUCUCUACCACCCAAUAUGGAAGGCACUUAUCUGCGGGCCCGAGCCAUACACAGCGUUCAUUUUUGAAAGUCGCGACUUUGAUACAGAGACCAGAAGGAUUGGACCUGUCCGAUUCCGGCAGAACGACUCUGUCAACAUCAUGAAUGGGAUGAUGGAUCAUGGCUGGUGCUUCUCUUAUACUUGCCAAAAGCGGCUUUCCACGUAUUAUACGUAUGUCCUCACGAACAUGACUCUGGACAUACGGACAACAGGUAAAGAUGCAAGUCAUGACUCUGCAGCCGUCAUGGACGGUUUGACUCUGUGGGGGGGAAAUAGAAUGGGAGAGGAACAGACACAGCUGAGUAAGCAUGUUGGCGGUUUCAGUUUAAUGGCAAACAUGUGAACCAUUAUUUUCUUCUUUCUCUUUCAAAGGCAACCAGCCGUGGUGUAUUAUCGUCAACGUUCAGGCUGGUCCCGGUUAACUCAUUCAUGCCGAUCUGGGCAUAGCCCGCCCGGCCUUCGCAGCCUGUGUCCCCAAAGCCGGCAAUAUGUGCAGCGGUCAUGAACCAGAGCAGUCAAAAGUGGAUAAUAAGAAAAAGUAACUUUUAAGUUUUAACUCUUAAGUGAAAUGAAAGAAUGUACGGCAAGAUACGCUC